AUGCCCGCACGCCACCACGCAGCCGGAAGUCGCACCACCGGUCACGUGAUGUCACCUCCACGCCGUGCUCACUACCGUCACCAAUAUGGCUGCCGCCUGUCGUUCCGCUACACCACAAGCGUCGAACAGCCGCUUGUUAAUGCUUACGACUUGUCCGGCGCUUACACAAAAUCCUCUAUCAAAAUGCCGGCCGUGUUCAAGGCGCCAAUGCGUAAUGAUGUGGUGAACUUUGUUCACGAUAGUCUAUUAAAGAAUUCACGCCAGCCUUACGCCAUUAGCGCUAAGGCUGGUCACCAGACAUCGGCGGAGUCGUGGGGCACUGGUCGAGCUGUUGCGCGUAUCCCGCCGGUACGUGGUGGUGGUACGCACCGGUCAGGUCAGGGCGCAUUCGGCAACAUGUGUCGCGGUGGUCACAUGAAUGCCCUAACAAAGGUGUGGAGGCGUUGGUAUCGCCGCGUGAAUAUCCAACAAAGGCGUUUUACCAUGUGCUCAGCCAUCGCCGCUACGGUUGUUCCUGCCCUAGUGAUGGCGCGUUGGCAUCGGGUAGAUCGUGUUCCGAAACUUCCACUCGUUGUUUCCGGAGAAGUGGAGAAGCUGAAGAAGAUGAAGGAGGCAGUUAAGGUUCUGAAGAAACUCCGGGCGUGGUCUGAUAUCCAGAAGGUUUAUCAGUCCAAACGGUAUUGUGCUGGGAGAAGCAAGAUGCGAAACCGUAGGGAUGUUCUGAAACGUGGUCCAAUUGUUGUCUACAAGAAGGACGACGGCGUGACACGUGCCUUCCGUAAUAUACCCGGCGUGACGUUGGUGAACGUCAAGUACUCGAAUAUUCUCAAGCUCGCGCCUGGUGGGCAUAUGGGAAGAUUCACCAUUUUGACUGAAGGUGCUUUCCGGUCCUUGGACAAAUUGUAUGGCACAUGGAAAACGGGAAGCACCCUCAAGAAGGGCUUUCACUUGCCAUCUUCGAAAAUGGCCAAUACGGACCUGAAUCGACUUCUGACAAGUCGUGCCGUUCGUAAUGUACUUCGUCCAAAACGCAUGGGUUGCCAUCGGAAACGGCGAAAUGUGAAAAAGAACCCGUUGAAGAAUAUGCAGGUAUGCUUGCAAUUGCUGUCGUCGCUAUUCGUUAUCUUGUACGUUCUUAUUAAAUUGAAUCCCAAUGCCCGUGCCGAACACAAUGCUCGUGUUGCCCAAAAUAACACGACUGUGAGACGCAAGCAUAAGAAGUCGAAGUUGUCUGCAAAAGCUAAGGAGGCAUCAAAGACGUCAGGUGACGCGAAGAGUCGUCAUAAACAAUUCUCAUUUCGUGAUGGUGUUGAAUUGACGGGCACGUACCGAAGUGCUGUGGUGGAUGCUUGGAUUCAAAUGGCAGACACGAGUUCUGCGAUUGUCCCAACUCCAAGGAGUGUAUCCACCAAUAUCGGCGUAAAAUGCUUUAACGAAUUAGUCAACCCUCAGGUCAGUCUUCUAACGCGGCUCUGCUCUCGACUAGCCUGGUCCAAGCUCGCACUCCCAAACCACCCUGGCCAAGCAACUGCCACCAACGCCAGCACCAAGACCAGCGCUACCACCACCAUCGUCAAGACCACCACCACCAACAUGUCUACAACCACGAGGCUGCAGACACCCGAUGGCGGCAGCUGCGACAGCAGCUUAGGCAACAACGGCUAUGACGACAAAGGCGCCAGCGACAGCAACGCUACACGCCAAGAUAGCAGACAGGAGCAGCCCUGCCGGACGCCGGUUACACAGGUGUAUUGGACAAACGCACUAAUCAGCGAGCUGGAGUCUCGUUCGUUAUCGGAAGUAACCAGACAAAUCGCUCCACCAACUAAGAACGGCCAUGCACCACCAACCACCAAAUCAGGAAAGAGCUAUCAAUCUGUCAAUCCUCAUAGUGUCCGGCCCGGGUGGGUUUUCCCGUGUUGA